UUCAAUGAGCCGCCAUGUUAGGAAGCCAACCCCUCUUUCAUUCGGCCGGGAGAAGGUAGAACGUACUUUCAGGAUAGUUUUUGGAAGUACUCGUUCUUGUUGAUCACUCGAAUCCAAGCUGAUACACUCCCAUAAGCGGCAUCUAGGUUUGGUUUGGUUCCCGUCUUUCGUCUUCGUCUCUCUUUAGAAUGGCGACCCCGACUGCAACUCCUACCGGCCACAGAAGCACGUGCAGCAGCGGCACACCGCUCAGUCCGACCAGGAUAACCAGACUGCAGGAGAAACAACAGCUCCGGGAUCUGAACGACCGCCUGGCUGUUUAUAUCGACAAAGUCCGCAGUUUAGAGUCUGAAAAUGACGUACUCCACCGGAAGAUUAGCGAGAAGGAAGAAGUGAGGAGUCGGGAGUUAAGUGGCCUGAAAGCCCUGUAUGAGACUGAGCUAGCCGACGCCAGAAGGAGUUUGGAUGACACCUCCAAGGAGCGGGCCUGGCUACAGAUUGAGCUGGGAAAGAUCAAAUCUGACCAUGAGCAGCUUCUACAAAACUACAACAAGAAGGACUCUGAGGGAGCAGCAGCACAGGCCAGGCUGAGGGACUUGGAAGCUCAGCUUAACUCUAAGGAGGCCAUUCUGACUACUGCCCUCUCUGAAAAGAGGGGCCUGGAAGCCACACUAGCAGACCUGGGGGAACAGCUGCAGGAGCUUGAUAUAGGUCUUGCCCAGGCCAAGAAACAACUAGCAGAUGAGAUGCUCCUGCGCAUUGACUUGGAAAAUCGGUGCCAGAGUCUGACUGAAGAAAUGGACUUCCGUAAGAGCAUGCAUGAAGAGGAAGUGAAGGAGGCUCGGCAACGGUACGAGACCCGACUGGUGGAGGUGGAUUCUGGACGUAAGGAAGAGUAUGAAUAUAAACUGACUCAGGCCCUGGCUGACAUGAGGGCUCAGAAUGAGGAGCAGAUCAAGAUCUACAAGGACAACAUGGAGAGCACAUACGUGGUCAAACUUGAAGACCUGCAUCGCUUAUCUGAGAUGAACGGAGCGUCGGCGAACAUGGCCCGAGAGGAGCUCAGAGAGUCAGCCCUGAGGAUUGAGAGCCUCACUGCCCAGUUGGCAGGACUGCAGAAGGAGACUCGUGGUUGGCGUGAUCGCAUAUCGGAGCUGGAGGCAGCGCUGGCACAAGAGAAAAGCACAAAUCGCAAGUUGCUGGCAGACAAAGACCGUGAGGUGGCUGAGAUCCAAGCCAAGAUGCAGGAACAGCUGAAUGAGUAUGAGCAGCUGCUGGACGUUAAACUAGCUAUGGACAUGGAGAUAAAUGCCUAUCGCACGCUUUUGGAGGGAGAAGAAGAAAGACUGAAUCUGUCUCCCAGCCCUUCAUCUCGUGUCACAGUGUCUCGAGCCUCUUCCAGCAGUCGCAGUGUGCGGACCACACAGGGGAAGAGGAAGCGUGUUGAUGUGGAAGAACAGGAAGCCAGCAGCUCAGUGUCCAUUGCUCACUCUGCUUCAGCCACAGGACCCAUCUGCAUCGACGAGAUCGACACUGAUGGCAAGUUCAUCUGUCUUCACAACAGCGGAGAUGUGGACCAGGCCAUGGUGGGCUAUGAGAUGAUUAAGACCACUGGAAAUACUACAGCCACCUACAAGUUUACACCCAAAUAUGUCUUGAAGGCUGGACAGAAAGUCAUGAUUUGGGCAUGUGAUGCUGGUGUUAGCCCCAAACCUCCUGCAGACCUGGUGUGGAAGAACCAGUCCUCCUGGGGUUCAGGGGAGGAUGUCCAUGUGGCGCUAAUCAACCCUCAGGGAGAAGAGGUGGCGAAAAGAACUACUACAUACAAGACAGGAGAAGAGCAGGGUGAGGAAGAUGAUAAUGAAGUCGAGGCCACUGAGGAACAUCGCUUCUACCAGCAGGGAGAACCUCGCACUGCCAAGGGAAGCUGCCCCAUCAUGUGAUCCAUCUGCAUUAACCAGCCACCACCUCCUCCUCUGAGCCCAGCCAGUCUGCUGCCAACUGUAAACCCGAAAUAUUUUUCUAUCUUUUGUAGUAUUUUAGCAAAAUGUAUGAUUUUGAUUUUUUUUUUUCUAUCGCUUUUUCAAUAAAAUAAAAUAAAGAAAAAAAUAACAUGGUUAUUGAACAAAUUGGUAUUGGUAGGUUAUAAGCUUUUCUUUCUUGAAACCAAGUAGCAAUAUCUUCAAGAAAACCGUGAGUCAUGUACUGUCAUAUUUUCUGUUAUUUUUAAUAUUUUUUUUAUUAUUAUUAUUAAUGAUGAUAAUAUAUGUUAGGUCUCUAGAGUUCUGAGAGGAGCCACAAGAUUUCAGAAAUUAUUUUAGAUCAGUGUUUGAAUUAGGUAAAUCGUACUAUAUGAGUAAACGAAAAGUCAAGACAGACAAGUACAUUAAAAGCUGUGUGGUAACAGGAGUUAACGUAAUGCAUGACUUCCUAACAGCAGUCUGGACCUGGACAUGACACAAUGUUACAAUAACAAGGAAUUCUCUGUUCAGUGUUGAGUACAUCAGAAAAAACUCAAAAUACCUUGAUUGUAUUCAUGAGGAAGUCAGAGGACAGUCUGUCGCAGUUGUUGAGUUACCUGAAGACCCCUGCGUAAAGUGUAGGAUUCAGAAUUAGCUUUGGCAAUUCCUGGUGGUAAUAACUACCAUCUAGUAAAAGAUCUGAUCUGAGAAAAGCCAAAAGGAACGGUACAAGUUUUCAACAGGCCAUCUAAUUUUCUUGGGAAUUGCGAAAAUUUCACUGUCAACACACAUAGGUCUUGAAUGUGAUGUGCACUCUUGAGUUUUUCUUUGCUGACUUUUACACCACUAAUGAAGUGUUGAUUGUAUUAACUUUUGAUAUUUGAGGUGUUUGAAGUUCUUUUUGUGUUUGUGUGUUACGAUGCAUGCUACGACUGUAAUCUUUAUAGUGACUGAUUAAAUGUUUUCUUGCACUCA